AAAGAGCCACACUACGGGCAGAACCGCAGGUGGCGGUGAUGCGCUGCCAAUACACCAAAGAAGAAGAAAAAGACGACGACGACGAAGAAGAAGACAUGCCGCCGAAAUUUGUCAAGCAAGAGCAGCAAAUAAAAGGUGACAUGGCGGAGAAGGUGCUGGUGGUCGGCGGUGGCGGACGGGAGCACGCGCUGGCCUGGAAGUUGGCCCAAUCGCCGCAGGUCCAGCAAGUCCUGGUUGCCCCGGGUAACGCAGGCACGGCCGGCUGUGGGAAGAUCUGCAACUCUGAGGUGUCUGUGAGUAACCACGCCAUUCUGGCUCAGUUCUGUAAGGAUCACCACGUGGGGCUGGUCGUGGUCGGGCCGGAGGUGCCUCUGGCGGCAGGUAUGGUAGAUGACCUGACGGCAGCAGGAGUGCCCUGUUUCGGCCCGUCGGCCAAAGCCGCUCAGCUGGAGGCCAGCAAAAGCUUCUCCAAGGCCUUCAUGGAGCGCCACGGCAUCCCCACGGCCCGCUACGGCUCCUUCACCGCCCCCGAGGAGGCCUGCAACUACAUCCGCACGGCCGACUUCCCGGCGCUGGUGGUGAAGGCCAGCGGGCUGGCAGCAGGGAAGGGAGUCAUCGUGGCAGGAGACCGGGAAGAGGCCUGUCGGGCUGUGAUGGACAUCAUGAAGGACCGAGCCUUCGGCUCUGCAGGGGAAACCGUGGUGGUGGAGGAGCUGCUGGAAGGAGAGGAAGUGUCUUGCCUUUGCUUCUCUGACGGCUCCUCGGUGUCACCGAUGCCUCCAGCACAGGAUCACAAGAGGCUGCAAGACGGAGACCUGGGGCCGAACACCGGCGGCAUGGGGGCCUACUGCCCCACCCCCCAGGUGAGCCAGGAGCUGCUGCAGCAGAUCAGAGACACGGUCCUGCAGAAGACCGUGGACGGGAUGAGGGAGGAGGGAACUCCUUAUGUGGGUGUUCUGUACGCAGGGCUGAUGUUGACCAAGCAGGGGCUGAAGGUCCUGGAGUUCAACUGUCGCUUUGGAGACCCCGAGUGUCAGGUGCUGCUGCCCCUCCUGAAGAGCGACCUGUAUGAAGUGAUCUUGAACACCAUGAGUGGCAAACUGGUCUCCAGCGCCCCCGUGUGGCACCAGGACAGCUCUGCGGUCACCGUGGUGAUGGCCAGCGCUGGGUACCCCGGCUCCUACAAGAAAGGAGUGGAGAUCACAGGCUUGUCCCAGGUCCAGGACUCGGGGGUGCAGGUGUUCCACGCCGGCACGGCUCUGAAGGAAGGAGGCGUGGUCUCCAGCGGGGGGAGGGUCCUCACCGUCACCGCGGUCAGGCCGUCACUGGAGUCGGCCCUGCAGGCGGCCAAUCAGGGCGUGGCCGCCGUGGGCUUCCCGGGGGCCGUGUACCGGCGCGACAUCGGCCACCGGGCCAUCGCCCACCUGAACCCAGACCGCAGAGGUCUGACCUAUAAAGGCUGCGGAGUGGACAUCGCUGCUGGAAACAAGUUGGUGGAGAUGAUCAAGCCUCUGGCCAAGGCGACGUCCCGCCCCGGGUGUAAUGCAGAACUGGGAGGCUUCGCUGGGCUGUUUGACCUGAAGGGAGCCGGUUUUGUCGACCCGAUCCUGGUUUCUGGGACAGACGGCGUGGGGACCAAACUCAGGAUUGCUCAGGCGUGCGGUCGGCACGGCGGCCUGGGUCAGGACCUGGUGGCCAUGUGUGUGAACGACGUGUUGGCUCAAGGCGCCGAGCCGCUCUUCUUCCUCGACUACUUCUCCUGCGGCAGGCUGGACGUGGACGUCGCAGCGGCGGUGGUCGGCGGCGUCGCCGCGGCCUGCAAGGUGGCCGGCUGCGCUCUGCUGGGUGGUGAGACGGCAGAAAUGCCCGGCGUCUACGCGGCGGGCGAGUACGACCUGGCCGGGUUCUGUGUUGGCGCGGUGGAGCGCGGGGCUCUGCUGCCCCGGCUGGGGGACAUCCAGGAGGGGGACCUGCUGGUCGGGCUGGCCUCCUCCGGGGUCCACAGCAACGGCUUCAGCCUGGUCAGCAAAGUGCUGCAGAGGGCCAACCUCGAUUACAGCUCCCCUGCUCUUUUUGCCGAUUCGGGACGGACCGUCGGCGACGUUUUGCUGACUCCGACGAAGAUCUACAGCCGCCUGCUGCUGCCAAUCCUCCGCAGCGGCGCCGUCAAAGCCUUCGCCCACAUCACGGGGGGGGGGCUUCUGGAGAACAUCCCUCGGGUGCUGCCCCAGGAGCUGGCCGUCGAUUUAGAUGCCUCUCGGUGGAGCAUCCCACCAGUGUUCUCCUGGAUCCACAAGGAGGGGGGUCUGAGCGAGGAGGAGAUGGCCCGCACCUUCAACUGCGGCCUGGGGGCCGUGCUGGUGGUUUCCCCCGAGGAUGCUCAGACGGUGCUAUGCCAGUUCAAACCUAAUGAAGAGGCGUGGAUUGUGGGUUCGCUGGUCCACAAGCAGCAGGGGGCCAAGCAGGUGGUGGUCCGCAACCUGAAACACCGCCUCCAGGGUGGAGGUCCCGCUCCCAGCAAGAGGAUCAGGAUGGACAAAGGUCUGACCUAUAAAGGCUGCGGAGUGGACAUCGCUGCUGGAAACAAGUUGGUGGAGAUGAUGAAGCCUCUGGCCAAGGCGACGUCCCGCCCCGGGUGUAAUGCAGAACUGGGAGGCUUCGCUGGGCUGUUUGACCUGAAGGGAGCCGGUUUUGUCGACCCGAUCCUGGUUUCUGGGACAGACGGCGUGGGGACCAAACUCAGGAUUGCCCAGGCGUGCGGUCGGCACGGCGGCCUGGGUCAGGACCUGGUGGCCAUGUGUGUGAACGACGUGUUGGCUCAAGGCGCCGAGCCGCUCUUCUUCCUCGACUACUUCUCCUGCGGCAGGCUGGACGUGGACGUCGCAGCGGCGGUGGUCGGCGGCGUCGCCGCGGCCUGCAAGGUGGCCGGCUGCGCUCUGCUGGGUGGUGAGACGGCAGAAAUGCCCGGCGUCUACGCGGCGGGCGAGUACGACCUGGCCGGGUUCUGUGUUGGCGCGGUGGAGCGCGGGGCUCUGCUGCCCCGGCUGGGGGACAUCCAGGAGGGGGACCUGCUGGUCGGGCUGGCCUCCUCCGGGGUCCACAGCAACGGCUUCAGCCUGGUCAGCAAAGUGCUGCAGAGGGCCAACCUCGAAUACAGCUCCCCUGCUCUUUUUGCCGAUUCGGGACGGACCGUCGGCGACGUUUUGCUGACUCCGACGAAGAUCUACAGCCGCCUGCUGCUGCCAAUCCUCCGCAGCGGCGCCGUCAAAGCCUUCGCCCACAUCACGGGGGGGGGGCUUCUGGAGAACAUCCCUCGGGUGCUGCCCCAGGAUCUGGCCGUCGAUUUAGAUGCCUCUCGGUGGAGCAUCCCACCAGUGUUCUCCUGGAUCCACAAGGAGGGGGGUCUGAGCGAGGAGGAGAUGGCCCGCACCUUCAACUGCGGCCUGGGGGCCGUGCUGGUGGUUGCCCCCGAGGAUGCUCAGACGGUGCUAUGCCAGUUCAAACCUAAUGAAGAGGCGUGGAUUGUGGGUUCGCUGGUCCACAAGCAGCAGGGGGCCAAGCAGGUGGUGGUCCGCAACCUGAAACACCGCCUCCAGGUUGGAAGGACCGCUCCCAGUGGAGAGUUGAGCGUCAAUCAGAACAAAAAUUUCCAUUGCAAUAGCGAGACGCCGCGCAAGAAGACCAGAAGGACCAGGGUGGCCGUCCUCAUCUCUGGCACAGGCACCAACUUGCAGGCGCUGAUAGAGCAGGCCAAGCACCCAUCGAGCUCUGCAGAGAUCGUGGUGGUGAUCUCCAACAGACCGGGGGUUCUGGGCCUGAAGAAGGCGUCGCUGGCUGGCAUCCAGACACGGGUGGUGGACCACAAACUGUACGGGAGCCGGACCGAGUUUGACGGCACAAUUGAUCGUGUGCUGGAAGAAUUUGGGGUGGAGCUGGUGUGUCUGGCAGGAUUCAUGAGGAUCCUCACAGGGUCUUUUGUCAAGAAAUGGAACGGAAAGCUGCUGAACAUCCAUCCGUCCCUGCUCCCCUCAUUUAAGGGCAUGAAUGCCCAGAAGCAGGCGCUGCAGGCGGGAGUGCGAGUGACUGGCUGCACGGUCCACUUUGUAGCAGAGGAGGUGGACGCAGGCGCCAUCAUCGUGCAGGAGUCCGUGCCCGUGCUGGCCGGCGACACAGAGGAGAGUCUUUCGGACAGAAUCCGGGAGGCCGAGCACCGAGCCUUCCCCGCCGCUCUAGAGCUGGUGGCCAGCGGCGCGGUCACGCUCCGAGAGGACGGACGCAUCGUGUGGUCCAGUCCAGUUCCCACAGUUAAAAACCACACAUCCAGUUCUCAUCCACAACUACAGUCUGCUCAGGAAAUACAAACCGUCUAGAUAGUAAUGGUUUAAUGUUCUAACACCGCUAGCGGUACGUGAGGUCUACCAAGCAAACAUAAAAACAUUUCAACGUUGUGACAAAACGAAAUUACAUUGUUAAUAUCUUGCAUAAAAUAGGUCAGCAUGAGGACGAGGACGGACGCAUCGUGUGGGAGUCCAGUUCUCACAGUUAAAAACCACACGUCCAGUUCACUUUACAUUACAAGUGUCUGUUCCUUGAACAUCAUGAGUGUUUGUGUCAUUAUUAAACCUGCCUGGGCUCA